AUGGAGGCGCUCUGGUUCCGGUUCAGGUACUCUGAAGUCGUCCAUCUCUACCGGGGCGGAAGAGAUCAGCCAGACAAGCAGAUUGCACAGUAUCGGGGCGGGACGGAGCUGCUGAAGGGCAAUAUCACAGAGGGGAAGGUCUCCUUGAGGAUACGCAACAUCACCCCUUCUGAUGAGGGGCAGUUUGUCUGCUUCUUUCGGUCACCUGCAUUUGAUGGAGAAGCUGUGCUGGAGUUGGAGGUGGCCGGUUGUUUCUUCCCUGAAGAAGAUGGUGCCAACAUCCGCUGUCGCAGCUUCCUGGGCGUGUACUGUCCUGUUCUCCAGUGCUGCUCUUUUCCCCACUCACCCUAUUUUCUUGCUUUGAGCAAUAGCUGUUCUUCAAGCUCUUCUUCCUUUGUGUCCGUGAUGCUUCUCCCAUUUCACUCAUCUUCCUUCCCCACCUUGCUGCACUUCAGCAUUACCCAGAGCAGUCAGAGCCCCGGUCCGGUCCUCCAAAGGAUGAGAAUCACGGCAUCAUCGGCAGUGCACACCGCUGUGAAGGACAGUGCUGUAGCUAUCAGGGUUGCAGGAUUAACUGUCCCCCAAAUGACCAGCUGCUGCCACAGUGUUAAUGCUUAUUUACUUGUUACCUGUUCACUCCCACUGGCUGGUGACCCCCAACCCAUGUGA